GUUGGGGGAUACAAAUUGCCUACUUACUUUUGUCCUGAUAGGAACUGCACAGAUUCAGGGGUUUUGAAGGUUGUGAAGUUUGGUGCCGUUUUGGUUGUGACUUUGUCCUCAAUCAGCUGGACUGGGUUGUACAUUCUCAUCUAAAUCACAAUUUUGACAACAUGUGGAUAAAGUUUGGCCUCUUUCUUGUUUUUGGUCUGUUCGUGGUGACGACUGCAAGACAUCAUCAUUCGGGGAGAAAGAGCUGCGAAAGACGAUUCCGAGGUUGUUCCGUCGCUGCCCGCCAAUGUGUAUGUGGUACGGCCGUAGAUUGUCAUAACCCUUUCCCCUACAAGUCACGACAUGAAUGUCAGGCUGAUAUAACAGGUGGUCUUGACAAGUGCCAGCAUGUUGAUUGUGGAAAGGGAAUGUGCCUCCAGUCCAAAAGAUACAGCAGGCGGAAGGCCAUCUGCGAUUGUUGGGGAACUGGAUCCUGGGGGAAGCGAUGUGAAUAUGAAUGUCCACCGGUGAAGUCGUACAUUGGAGAAAAUGGAGUGAUGGAUAACUACCCCGAGCAGUGCUUGACCAUCUAAGGCCAAGAAGUGACUGAUAACUACCCCGAGCAGUGCUUGACCAUCUAAGGCCAAGAAGUGACUGAUAACUACCCAAAGCAGUGCUUGGUUAUCUAAGGCCAAGAAGUGACUGAUAACUACCCAAUGCAGUGCUUGACCAUCUAAGGCCAAGGCAACAUCAUUAUUCAAUCAACAAGAACAUCACGAGGUCACAAUUAUUGAAGUAUCUGUUGAUCUUCCCUUGCCCUUUGAAAAAUAACAUUUACAGUACAUCAAAGCAGCUGAUUUAACCCCUUCUAUGAAAGAAGUUUUUACGACUCGAAAAAUUCACUAUUUUGGAAGAUUGCUUAUGUGAGCUAAUAGAGACAAUCUCAUUGACAGUAUUAUGUAAAUUUUUGUACGUUUUAUAAAUUUCUUAAUUAGAUGUAUAUUUUAAUGCUUUUCUCAGGAUAUUGGCUGUACAAGUAUUUUAUUUGAAUAUAAGUGGUAUACGCCUUGCUCCCUGGAACAAUACUCAAUUUGUGUAUAAACAUUUUAACAGGUAUUUUGAUGAAACUAGCUGUACAUUACUUGAGACAUACAUGUACUUGUAACUGCAGGUAGCUUUGUUUGAGAAUCAGAUUUAAUUGCCAUAAUUAGUUCAAAAGUAGUUCAAUGAAGUUCAAAGUGAGUUGAUAAUCUUUUUAGGCCUUUAUCGCCAUAACAUGCUCAAAAAUUUAGUAUUCUUCCAUUGUCACUGCCAGUAGACAUUGGCCAGUAUUAAAAUGCAAUUUAGUGUACACUGCAAAGUCAACUCGGUCUUGUCCUUCACAUAGCCAUUUACGAAAUCUGUCAAAAUGCCUGCUGAAAUUGGCAGUUUACAGUUCAACAUGGACAAGACAGACAAGAGUUUGCAGUACUUUGGAGAGUUUUUAAGCCGACGAGGCCUUUGAGACGGAAUCUCUUUUACCUCAGAGUUUUUAGAGAAGUUUUUUGACGCCUUCAGGUGAUCACUGGAAAGCAUAAUUUGUACUUUUAUUAUAUGGAAUAAACUGCUGAAGUUGCUGAUUAA